AACAAACGAUGCUUUGAUUGAUUAGAAAAUGCAUUUUCAAUGACAUCUCUAUAAUUAAAGCGGACAUGGAUUUGGAUGACUUGAACUGCAUUCAAAGACGUCUUCGGACCGAUGCCAUUGACGCACAUCCGACCGAAAGUGCGAUUGUCAUCAGCUAUGAGUUGGAGGCCUCUCUUGUGGGCGAUUUGGGGGACACGAUGUUGGAGGAGAGCCGCGAGUGUCAGAAAAUAAUUCGUCUGAAAAAUCUGAACGAAUCGACGGAUAUAAAGCAAUUGGCGAAAGAGAUUAUCGAGAAAUGCCAUUUGAUUCCGACCGCAAAGUACAAUGAAUUGACCACUUUAUUGCAAUACCUAAGGACUCGUAAGGAAGUGUCCAGUAGUCGACCACAAACAGCAUUUUCAGACAGAAUGAGAAAUAUGUUAAUCGAUGGACAGGAAUCUGAAAUGAAAGUCACAGAAGAGGCAGUGAUCGACAAACUCGACCAAUACAUCGAACUUCUAUACGAAGACUUGGCCGACAAAAUCAAGGCUUCGUUUCUGAUUCUGAAACUCUCGAAGAAUAGCGAGAAUCUGAUUGAAUUGACGACUAAUGAGACCCUCAUCUGUGCGUUGGCUCGAGUUCUUAGAGAGGAUGGGAAGAAGUCAUUGGAGUUGGCAAUAAAUAUAGCCUUUAUAUUCGCCUGCUUCUCAAACUAUUCACAGUUUCAUUCAACCAUAAGUCAAUUCAAAGUGGGCUCAAUUUGUUUUGAUUUGGUUGAGUGCGAGUUAGCCCGAGAGGACAGUUGGGUUCAAGAACUCAAUGAAAAGCGAGCCUUAGCUGAUGGUCAGUACAAUCUGACGGCUCAGUCAGACUUUGAGAAAAGUCUAAAACGUUAUCAACUUUUAAUACGAAAGCAAAACAAUUUGCUACGAAUUGUAUUCUACUUACUAUUGAAUUUAUCGGAAGACAAUAAAGUGGAGAUCAAAAUGAUUAACAAAGGAAUCAUUGGUUUAUUAGUGAAGACAUUGGAAAGGGAUUCACAAGAAUUGCUUUUAGUUGUCGUCACGUUUCUUAAGAAAGUGUCCGUUUAUGUGGAGAAUAAGAAUCAAAUGAAAGAACUUUCAAUUAUUGAGAAAUUAGCGCCACUUUUAUCACUGACUAACGAGAAUUUAGUGGCAAAUACUCUCAAAUUGAUUCACAAUCUCGUGUUUGAUAAUCAGAUGAGAGUUAUCUUAAUAAAGACCGGACUCAUCCCAAAAUUGAUCACUUUUCUCAGUAAAGACAGACACUCGCAGACUGUGUUAAACAUUUUAUACCAAAUCAGUCGCAAUGAUAAAUGGAAACCAUUAUUCAGCUAUUCCUCUGAAUGUAUUAAUUUAAUUGUCUCUAAAGUGAUCAAACCCAACCCAAACACCUAUUUUGAAACCAUUUCCUCUGAAUCAACGAAAUGGAAACCAUUAUUCAGCUAUUCCUCUGAAUGUAUUAAUUUAAUUGUCUCUAAAGUGAUAAAACCCAACCCAAACACCUAUUUUGAAACCAUUUCGUUGGCAAUUAAUUUAGCUCUGAAUCAACGAAACGCUCAAUUAAUGUGUGGAAAUCAGAAUACGAAUCAAUUAUUUACAAAAGCUUUGGAUACAAAAGACUCACUUUUAUUGAAAUUAUUGCGGAAUAUCUCACAUCACGACGACCCCAUCAAAAUGCUGUUCCUGGAUAUUCACAAACAAUUGGUCAAAAUGAUGGUCACCACUGAUAAUGAAGAGGUGGUCGUCGAGUGCUUAGCAGUACUUUCUAAUCUGACUUUAGUUCAAAUCGAUUGGAAUUCACUAUUCAUUGAACACAACCUCUUUGAAUGGAUUGAACAGAGAAUCAAAUCUGGAAACAAUUCCGAAGACGAUAUUGUCCUUCAAAUCGCUAUUUUCAUCGGAACCGCUGCUCACCAAAGAGAGUGUGCUCUCUAUCUAAUCAAUUGUCAAAUAAUUAAAUUGCUAAUUGAUUUAUUAAAUGCUAAACAAGAAGACGAUGAGAUUGUCAUUCAAAUUAUUUAUUCCUUUUAUAUCUUUAUAAGACAUACUGAAGCCAGAGAUUUCAUUGUCAAAGACUCCCAAGUGGCCGCAUAUCUCAUAGAUCUGAUGCACGACAGGAAUAAAGAGAUUAAGAGGGUUUGCGACGCCACUCUGGAUGUGAUUGCGGAAUAUGACAUCCAGUGGGCCUCAAAGAUAAAAGUGGAGAAAUUUUGUGCUCAUAACAAACAGUGGCUCGAAAUGAUUGAUUCACAAAAUACUGAUGGAUUCGACCCAUUAGGCAAUGGAUUUGAAGAAUCACUCGUAUAUCCAGAACUGCUAAUAAAAACAGAUCUCUUGAAUGACUCGAGUUCUGACAAUCUAUCGGAUGACCACUCAAUUCAGCUGUCAGUACAAGGAAUGCCUUUCUUGAAUGAGACAAGUGAUGAACCAAAGCCUUCGACCCCUAAGUCCAACGAAAUUACUUCUAAUGAGCUCUACAGCGACUGCAAGAGCUUUCAAUUGAAUAAAUGUAAGUAA